AUGCAAAUUAAAAGGCAGUACCUGCAAGUGCGGAUCUUCAAUCGUCCCUAUAUAAAGUCUUGGCUCCCUCCCCGCACCAUCCAAGACUUCUACUACUCUACGACGUCAUCGCGUAACCUUCUCCAACACAGCUCCAACCCUCGUCGACUACGGUCUUCAAUCUUCACACCACCCACAAUCAGAGUCAUGUCUUCCGCAACCUCUUUCUACGACUUUGAGCCCGUUGACAAACGCGGUACUCCCUUUCCCCUCAGUUCCCUCGAUGGCAAGGUCGUCCUGGUGGUGAACACCGCCUCAAAGUGCGGCUUCACCCCUCAGUUCGAAGGCCUAGAGAAGCUCUACCAAACCCUCAAGGCCAAAUACCCCGAAGACUUCACCAUCCUCGGAUUCCCCUGCAACCAGUUCGGUAGCCAAGACCCUGGCUCCAACGACGAGAUCCAGUCCUUCUGCCAAUUGAACUACGGUGUCACUUUCCCCGUCCUCGGAAAACUGGACGUCAACGGCAACGAGGCCGCUCCCCUCUUCACCUGGCUCAAGGAGCAACAGCCCGGUGUUAUGGGUCUGAAGCGCGUUAAGUGGAACUUUGAGAAGUUCCUUGUUGGUGCUGAUGGCAAGGUUGUCGCUCGGUACUCGUCUCUGACUAAGCCCGAGGGUCUCCAGGAGACUAUCGAGAAGGAGAUUGAGAAGGCUAAGAAGGCUGGUACUCUUGCUUCGGUCAAGAAGGCUGCUGAGUAA